AAUAAUAUUAUCUUACUGAGAUCUGUGUCGGAUCACACAGGGUUAAAAACACGUUAAUAAUAGUUAAUGGUCAUACUGUUAGACGACCACUGAAGAAAACAGAACUGAACUCCGGGCGACAGUAUUUGAAAUAUGUUCUUAAAAACUGUGAAUUCCAUUAAAGUCUAAUGGACUAUUUUGGGAUAUAUUAUGUUGCCUAAAUGACCCAUGGUAUGCAGGUAAAUAAUGAUAACAGGACACGUUGGAGAAGGUACAUAAACAUUUGCAAAGAUGGAUACGCAAGUGGUAACCAGUUGUGUACCUGUAGAAAUUUAUUCUUAUGUUGAGUAAGGAGCCUGUGUGCGCUUGCCAAUCAAUUGGUACAGUGAGAUCGAGCCGGCUGCAAUCGCGUGGAGAACAGGCAGAGCUCUCGCUCUCCCUCUCUUUCUCUCCCUUUCCUGAAUGUCGGGAGCCUUGGACAAUGUCGUACCCACAGUUCGGAUAUCCCUAUACAUCAGCACCUCAGUUUCUGAUGACUACCAACCCCCUGACUACGUGCUGUGAGUCAAGCGGCAGGACGUUGGUUGAUUCAGGGGCUGCCGCCUCUGCUCAAACCCCUGUCUAUUGUCCCAUGUACGAGAGCAGGCUGCUGGCCACAGCCAGGCAUGAGCUCAACUCAGCUGCUGCCCUCGGAAUGUAUGGGAGCCCGUAUGCCACUAACCAGGGAUAUGGCAACUAUGUCACCUAUGGGACAGAACCCUCUGCUUUCUAUUCACUGAGUCCUUUCGACACCAAGGAUGCAGGAGGAUCUGCGCAUGCGGGAAUCACCCAGGCAGCUGCCUAUUAUCCAUAUGAUCCGAACUUGGGACAGUAUCAGUAUGACAGAUAUGGUGCAGUGGAUUCAGGAGCCAGGCGUAAAAAUGCAACACGGGAAACGACCAGUACGUUGAAAGCUUGGCUGCAAGAGCACAGGAAGAACCCCUAUCCGACCAAAGGAGAAAAGAUUAUGCUGGCCAUCAUCACGAAGAUGACUCUGACCCAGGUCUCCACCUGGUUCGCCAAUGCCAGGAGGAGACUCAAGAAAGAGAAUAAAAUGACCUGGUCACCCAGGAAUAAAUGUACGGAUGACAAGAAAACUUAUGGAGACGAAGAAGAUGAAAGUCCAAACGAUAAAAGCCCGGAAGAUAAACACAAUGAUGAUACCACAUGCAAAGAAGACAAAGAACUGCAGCUGAGUGACCUUGAUGACUUUGAUGGGAUUGAGACUGAAAGUGAUGAGUGUGAACUGAAAGGCCCAUUUCAGCAGAUGGACAGCACUCAGAUCAGGGUCUCCGAUUGCCCGACUGACCAAUGUAAGAAGGCUUCUUUAAAGAUAGCCCUGCCAACACCGGGAGAUCGCCAUUCAGAAAAGGUCAAAGACUGUCUUAAGCGAGUAAUGGCAAAUUCCGAGCAAGACCUAAUGGCAGGAAGACAGAGAGGGUGUGAGUCGAAGCUUUGCUUCCAGCAACAACAGCACAGUCAGCAGAUGCUUGACAAUAAGCCUCGCAUCUGGUCCCUAGCUCAAACCGCAACUUCUUUGAGCCAAACUGAAUAUCCAUCUUGCAUGUUGAAAAGGCACCAACAGGCUCUCUCCUCCACGCCUCCGUUGGCUUCCAUGCCUGCUAGCGUGUUGGAUAGACAAGAUUCCCCAGUAGCCACCCUCAGGAAUUGGGUGGAUGGGGUAUUCCACGAUCCGCUACUCAGACAUAACACUUUGAACCAGACACUAACCAACACCACCGUUUCCUGGGCUACCACCAAAGGUGUUAUCUUGGAUACAGAGGCAAUGGGGCGUUCUUUGGGAACUCCUACAAACAUGAUUAAAGGACAGAUUACAGGCUUGCCCCAACAUGAAACUACUAAGGACAUCGCAGCAUUUCCCAAAACAGGAAACAAAAUGUUUUGUUCAUAACAAAUCAAAUGGUAUGGAUUUUUUUUUCUCUCUGGAGCCUUGCUGAUGGGACUAAGAGGCAAACUUUCACUUUAAGACGUUCUAGUCACAAUCCCAGCGAUCUUUUAUUAGACUUUCUAUGUUUCACCACUCUUUUAAGCGUUUCACAAAAUAACUCCAGUUCUUUCAAGAGCUCUUUAACUGACUAGUGACUCUGUAAUUUAUUCAAGUCCAUGUUGGAAAGCAUGUCUAAACUAUAGUAUAGACAUAUCGGUAACGUUUACAAUCCCAGAGACUGCAGAAAUGGGUGUCUUGGGUAGGAAUUCGCAGUCUGCUUGAAAGCAUGCAAAUACAAUUACCCGAAAACCCAGUUUUGAAAAAAAAUUAUGCUAAACAUCAUGCUCUGGCCAUGAAUCACAUGCAACACAUUAAAAGUUUACACCAUUGCACAAACUUUGGCUUUAAAAAGAUACGAGAAUAUAUGUUUAACAUGCGCACUGAAAUAAAUGUGCUUUUUUAGAGGUAUCUAAUGAGUGUUGUCUGGUACGUUAUGGACAGAUAAACUGGAUACAUAAGGUUGUGUUAAAGCAACAUUGCUUCAAAUGUUCCAGUUUAGCGUUAUUCCACGCUAGUUUUCUACAAGCCAUAUUCUAUGCCUUCCUUUUUUGAGUUAGUGAAAAAUAACCGCAGCUUUUGCUUGAUGUGGCGUAUAGCAGAGUGCCAUGCACUUUCGACUCGUUAGAAAAAUUCCUUUAAUUUAUAAAUAGUUAUUGAAAAAAGAAGCUGCUUCCUCCAGAAACACUUGUACGCUGAAUUUUGUUUCAACGCAUGGUCGCGAUGUUUCAAUUAUUUGAUUAAGCCAGCAAUUCAGUUGUUUGAUUCUAAAAUUCUGAAGAUUACUCAUUCGCCUCUCAAAAUUUGGAACAGAUUUGUGUUCCAGUCGGAUUUGUAUAAAAUUAAAAUAAUAAGUAUCACUUUUCGACCAUAGUCCCAGUAGCGGAAAACAGUGUUAAGUUUAGACAUGAAUGUGCGGAAAGAAGGUUUAGGCCAGGUAAUGUAAACUUUCUUAUCGAUAGGCACAGCACGUUUACAUAUUCUUGUCCAACUGGAAAAUGUAUUAAAUGCAGAAAAAAAAAGUUUUAUGCCAAAUCUAACUGGGCAAAAACAAAAGGCCUGAAAUGGCAAUGACACUGCUAUUCACCGGUUCAAAAACAAAACAAAAGUCUUCAAAACACUAAACAAUACAUAAAUUUAUCACACAUUUCAUGCAUUGAGGGACAAGCAAAGCUGCAGAAAUUAUUUAUUCAGUUCAUAACAUUGCUUAAAAAUGUAAAGCUUGAGAGCAAAGUGCUAAAUUUGUUGCCCCAUUUCCAAUUUAUUUUUGAUAUCAGAGAAGUUAUGCAGUAUAUAUUUAUCAACAAUACACUUCAUUUCAUAAAUUUUUUUUAAUAAACAUCUUACUUCCCACUUUCUAUAACUUUGUAAAUUUUCGGGAGUAAUUAACAAAAAAUGUUUGUACCCUCUUUGCCAGUUCAUAAUAAGUGUUGUUCUGAAUGUUUACCAACAACCAUAAUCAGCUUCACAUCUCUGCAAUUCUCAGCGAAAUUGAACAUUUUAUAAAUAUAGCUUGCAAUUUAGUUAUGAUGCACAAGUGGACUGUAUUUAGUUGUUAAAUGGCUAGUCUUGAGAGCAUUAUUCAGGAUGCAGUCUUUUAAUUUGCUCUGCAAUUUUCUACUCCAGCUAGUUUGAUAUGUUGCGCAUGUAAAAAAAAUCCAAACAUUAACUUGAAUAAGAAAAUAUCUUGAAUUUGACGACUAUAUUUUUAAUUGUGAUGGCAAAAAUUCAAAAAGAACCACAAUGCCAAAUAUAUUUGUAAACACAAUAUGUUAUACCAUUCUUUGACACAAAUUAUGCAUAAAGAAGAAAACCCAAUCUAUCAUCCUAUAGUUACGGUGGUGAACAGAAUGUCUUCUACGUGAGCCAGAUCUACUACAGUAAGGAUUUAUGUAGUCACAUUUCUUGUCACUGUAUUAAACUUCCCUGCUCUGUGACGAUGUUGUCGCAAUCACAAAUGUUGUUAUUUGCUAGACUCGCAUGUCAAAGAUCCUGACAAGAGCUCUGGCCGCCAAAUGUGCAACAGCUAAGAUAAUUUGAAGUGAAAUUUUCAUCUUGACACUAACCCCUCAGUUUCUGGAGGUUCUGCACCCUUUGCUCUCCAAGGCAGCUUAGGCUUUACGGUGGGCCACGUCUUCGCUGAAAGGGCAAAACGAACUAGAAUUAGUUGUAAUAGAUAAAAGGGCAAAAAAAAGAGUCAAGGGUACUUGACAGUAAUAGCGAAAGUCUAUUCUCCAGGGGAAAGUGUACAGCUAGAGGCUGGAGUAUGAUGAAUUUUAAUGCAGUCUGGGCUAGCCGGAGCCUUUAACUGAAAUCUUAGACAACUAAAUAAUUUUCAAAAAUAAUGUAACUGACAAAGUCUGGAUAAUGUAGCCAUUAGACGGUGUAGGUGGGGAGAUGCAAUUGUGUUGAAAUUGGAUUGAAAAGGUAGAUUGUGCUGAGGGUGGAAAAAAAGGAAUCAGCUUUCGCUCGGUACUCUAAAUCAUUCAGCCGUGGCAAAUUCAAACACACAGAGGAGGGGAUGCUAAAUUAACAGCGCUUUUUACAUAGAGCCCAAAUAAAACUGUAAUCACCGACGCGUUACUUUUCAUUAACCGAGUUUGACAGCAGCAUAUUCAGCCUCGACAAGGGAACACAAGCAAGGAAAUAACGGCUCUCAAACAGAGAGUCAUAAGAUAAUUCCUUAAGCUCCAUUAACAACUCUUAGCCGCAGGAAAUGGGCUCCCUGAAAACAUCUCAAAAUCUAAAAGCUUUAUCGACCUCUCAAACCCUUGCUGAUGGUUCUAUUUUUUAACUUAGAGAAAGAUGUCCAGCCGAGGUAAUAGACUCUGACACAACACCAUCUCAUUUGUAAAAGGCAGACUUAAACGACAUUUGAAAAUCAACCAAUUAAGCUUUAAAAAUAAUUGACAUGUGAGAAUAUUUAUGAUUUAUGACAUGCAUAUUUAUUUUUUCAAACAUUGUACAAUUAUCAUGCCUACAGUUAAAAUAAAAUGCAAUCACACAUUUUAUAUGAAAAGAAAUUUGGUGGAUGAAUACUAAAAUGCUGAAAGAUUUAAAUAUUGCACCACGUCAAUACGCAGCCUUCGAGAGGUCACUACAGCAAAAUGAUGACCAGUUCACCAUGAAAAUUAACGAAUUACAGAAGUUAAUUUUUUGCUUGAAAACUAAAAUACCUGUGUUUAUUUUGAAGAUAUCUCGAUAAAAUGGGCAGCUUCCAAGCAAAGCCAAAAGUAUUGCAAAAAUAUAGCAGUUUCUUAGCUGGCAACGCCAAGACUACAUAACACACAGACACACACACAGACACACACACACACACAACACACACACACACACACACACACAUUGUGCCAUUACAGAUAGAGUGGACACCAAGAAACCAAGAACGGUCAACUUAAUCUGUUU